AUGUCUACUGAAGCCUCCGUUUCCUACGCUGCUUUGAUCUUAGCCGACGCUGAACAAGAAAUCACUGCUGAAAAAUUAUUGGCCAUCACCAAAGCUGCUGGUGCCAAUGUUGAUGCCAUCUGGGCUGAUGUUUUCGCCAAAGCCGUUGAAGGUAAAGAUUUGAAAGAAUUAUUAUUCUCCUUCGCUGCUUCUGCUCCAGCUGCUGCCUCUGGUGCUUCUGCUGGUGCCGCUGCUGGUGGUUCUUCUGAAGAAGCCGCUGAAGAAGCUGCUGAAGAAGAAAAAGAAGAAUCUGAUGAUGAUAUGGGUUUCGGUUUGUUCGAUUAG